AUGGUUCGAAAUUAUAUAAGAAAGUCCAAACGGCAAAAUUGGUGUGUGGAUAAUUUAAGAAAUGCAAUUAAAGACAUUAUCUAUAAUAAUUUAAGUUAUACAAGAGCUGUCGAUGAAUACAAAGGGCCAUACACUACACUAUAUGACUAUGUUCAAAGAGUGAAGAAAAAAGAAAUUCAUUUGAGUGAUCUCACCUCAAAAAGAAGCAUACAACAAUUAGGCAGAUUCAAACCAGUCUUUGACGAAAGUCAAGAACUAGAAUUAUUAGAAUAUAUUAAGCAAAUGGAAUGUAGAAUGUUUGGCCAAACAAUGUUAGAUCUAAGGAAACUUGCUUUUGACCUAGCAGAGAUAAACAAAAUAGACCAUAAUUUUUGUAAAAAAACUGCAACAGCAGGUCAAGAUUGGGUAAAAGGAUUUCUACAUCGACAUCCAGAAUUGUCUAUUAGAGCUCCAGAGCCAACAUCAGCAGCUCGAGCUAUGGGAUUUAACAAGCCUGUUGUACAAUCAUUUUAUAAGUUGCUAAUAGAAUGUAUUCAAAAACAUAAUUUUGGGCCAGACCGCAUUUAUAAUGUAGAUGAAACAGGGCUUUCAUGUGUUGCCAAAAGUCAGGGGAAAAUUAUUGCAACUAAAGGAAGAAAGCAAGUAGGAAAACUUUUUUCUGCUGAAAGAGGGCAAAAUGUAACAGCCACUAUUUGUUUUUCGGCUUCUGGAUAUUAUGUUCCACCUCUCUUAAUUUUUCCAAGAAAGCGACUUCUACCUUCUUUUUUAGAUGGGGCACCUCCUUCCUCUUAUGGUGUAGCCCAUCCAUCUGGAUGGAUGCAGUCUGACAUUUUUGUAGAAUGGAUGCAUCAUUUCAUCAAGCACACAAAUCCAACUAUUUCAAAUCCAGUAUUACUUCUUUUAGAUGGUCAUUCCACACAUGUAAAAAAUAUACCAGUUAUUGACAUUGCAAAGAAAAACCAUAUUACAAUUUUAUGCUUUCCACCUCAUACAACACAUAAAUUGCAACCUCUUGAUAUUAGCUUCAUGCGGCCUCUUAGUACAUAUUACAGCCAAGAAGUUAAUUUAUACUUAGUUAAUCAUCCAGGACGCGUUAUAACUAUUUAUGAAAUUGGUAAGAUUUUUGGUUUAGCUUAUAAUAAAUCAGCAACGAUCAAUAAUGCAGUUUCAGGAUUUAGAAAAGCUGGUAUUGUCCCUUAUAACCCAGAUGUUUACUCUGAUUUUGAUUUUAUGGCAGCUUCUACCACAGAAACUCCGUAUACACCGAAUACUACAAAUAUAGUUGAUCAAUCUAUAGAUAAUCAAACUCCAUUGUCAUCUAAUGCAGCAUAUACAGUUGAUCAAUUUAUUAGUAAUGAAACUACAUUGUCACCUGGUACUUAUAAUAUAAUUGAUAAACCUAUUAAUAAUGAAAUUCCAUUGUCACCUGCUACAAUUAUUGCUGCGAAUGACCAAUUUGUCUAUGAUGGAAGCCAAUUGUUGCUGGAUGAAACUAUUUUAACUGAUAAAUAUAUACCUGAAGCUAGUGUAAUAGUUUCACCAUCGGCCACAAGUUUUUCAGUUUCUCCUAGGGAUAUUUUAAGGAUUCCUCAUGCCACCAGAGCUAAAAGUACAAGGAAUAUACGAAGAGGAAAAACUGGGGUAAUUACAGAUAGUCCUUAUAAAAUAGAAUUAGAAAGUACAAAAAAUAUGAAGGGUAAUGAAUUAAAAAAGAAAAUAGCCAGAAAACUUUUUGAUAAGCCACAGAAGAAAAAAAGAAAAUGUAAUUCAAGUUCAUCUAAGGUAAUAGACAGUAAUGAUCAAUAUGCCACAGAUGAGUGCAUUUACUGCACUGAACCAUAUACUACUGGUAGUAAAAGUGGAGAAAAGUGGGCUAGGUGUAUUGGUUGUGCUAAAUGGUGUCAUGAGCUAUGCGGAGGAGUUGAAGACUGGACAUCAUUCAUUUGUGAUUUUUGUAGAGCUAAUAUUUCUAAGACCUAA